AGAGCGACACAUGAGGACCCAAACAAUCCGCGGAGAGUCAUCGAGUAUUUCGGUCCCAAUUCUGACAAUCGCAUUCGCAUUCUGGCGAUGAGCAUUGAAACGCGUUGAACGCGUCGCGGAUGUGGAGGCACUGCUACUGGAUGGUCGGAAAAAGUGUGUUAAGAGAGUGAAGACAACAGAAAAAAAACAUCUUGUUUCGUGUGUGAGAAAAGUGUACAUAUUCGUGAAAAAAAACACUACUCUAGACAAAAGUAGCGAUGGGUCUGUGACAAAAAUUCCGUGUGUUGCUUGAAAAUCGUCAUCGAUCCAAGUGGGUGGAUUUUUUUUCGUUUUCGGGCAGUGUUUUUAAGUGAACUCUUGUCCGAAAUGGGUGGCAUCGGCUCAUAAUUGAAACAACCGUGAUACGGAGGUUGGAUGUAAAUAUAAGAAUUGGGUAAAAUUUUCCCUUUCGUGGUUGAGAUAACUAAUUGGUUCGGUGGUGAAAACCUGGAACUGGUUCGAUGAAUUAGUAAUAACAAACUUGACCAAUUUGUUGGGGUAGUGCAAAAGCAGCAGCAUGGAAAAAGCAUCCGAUAAUUCAACCGAGUAAAAUUGUGUUUCGGUUCACGAUUAUGUGUGAAAUGUAGUUUGUCCAAUUAGGCAAGAGAGAAUUCCUGCUGUGUUCGAAUGUUUACAAUUUGCUUUUAUUAGUGUAAUUUAUUUCUUAUCUUGUUUCUGAGUGCAGCUAAGUGAGUAGUCGUUAUUACUGUUUCGUCUGAUCAACAAAGAACAGUAUCAAAUUGAAUGCAUGUGUCGCGUAAGGAGGAGAUUACGGAUGUUGACUGAAAUCAAGUCUACCACCUCAAGGAAUAGCACACAAAGUUGCUUCCGUCUGCUUUCCCUUGUUUGGCUUCGUGAGUAAGGGCGCAGCAGCGUAAGGUCACGAUAAAGCCCAUAUUGGUCCCAGCAGUGCUGCUUCGAUGGGAUAGAAUCGUUCGCAUACACGUUGCUAGAAUCAAGAUAGGAGUCAAUCACAAAAGCGGCAGCAGCAGCAAAUUGCCAUGGAUUGGAUCAUCAACGACGAGUUGGGCCUCACCGUAGGCCACGUCGUGGGCUAUGUGUCCGCCUCGUUCAUGGUCGUCGGUGGAGUGCUGCCGUACAUUCCGCAGUACAAACAGAUCAAGCGGACGCAGGAUCCUGAGGGCUUCUCACUGCAUGUCUGCCUGGCGCUGCUAAUAGCGAACACGCUACGUAUUCUGUUUUGGUUUUCCAGUCGGUUCGAAAUUCCUCUGCUGGUGCAGAGUGUGGUUAUGAACAUCGCAAUGUUCAUAAUGAUUCACGUGUGCGUGACGGUGCGGCGCAACAACGCAAUCAUGCGGACGCGGGAACGGGUUUUCUCAGGAGAUGAAACUCUGCUGGAGGCCCGAGGUUCUAUUAAUAGAGCCAUCGAUGAGCAUCCCAAGUGUGAUGGUGUAAUCAAUAGCAGAGCUGCUGCCCCAGGAGUGCUACCGGUAUCGGCGACAGCGAUCGAAGGAGCUGGUAAAUUGGCCAACAGCACCAUCAUUGGGAUUGGAUCCACCCUGCCACCGGUGGCUGGCGCCCCGGGGUAUCUUAAGAAGUCACGAUCCCGGCACUACAUUGUUGAUUUCGAUACACGGUACUUCUGGAACUGGACCGACUUCCAGUCCUACCUGGAUUUUAUGCUGGUAGUGUGGGUUGUUGGGGCUGCCAUCACCUAUCUGAUGUUGUCCGUGACGUGGUUCAUGGAAACUAUCGGCUUUCUGGCUGUGUUUACCGAAGCGAUGUUGGGCGCACCCCAGUUCGUUAGAAAUUAUAAGAAUAAGUCCACGCACGGAAUGAGUAUCUGCAUGGUUGUCAUGUGGACCGCCGGUGAUAUGUUCAAGACUGGUUACUUUAUCCUAAGGCACGCACCGACGCAGUUCUGGAUCUGCGGUACAUUACAGGUUAGCCUAGAUCUCGCCAUCCUGCUGCAGGUGUACAUAUACCGUAGGAAUCCGCCCCGCAGCACCCACCGCGGCGACUAGCAGUUUGCCCCCCAAAAUAUUCAAAACGGCAUCAGCAGCAACAAUAACAAUUUCACUAGCAAUCCCAAUCACCAUCCAACCAAUACCGCCAACAUCACCAAAAUCAACAGCUACACUCAAACAAUGCCCAUCGUUCCAGCGCAGAAGCAGCAUGUUCAGCUCAACCAAAGGUCCAGUUCAUUUCUGGGCACUUCCAGAGUAAACCGUUCCUCGUGUCCCUCGGCCACAAUGGCCUACUCAACCUCUCCGGCGGCUUCGUCGUUUUUCAGUUCAGUAAUGAGUGCGGAACCAGUACAAACCGAUUGUACGCCGUCGUUAAAAUCAGCCGUGACGCCGGCCAGACAAAGGUUGACAUCUCGAUUCCAGCACUACAAAUCGCACUCGAUAUCCGGCUCGAGGGAAGCCACGCCUGUGAAGACGGCGAACGGUGAAAACCGAAGGGCGAAUUCGGAGAAAAUCGAUCGUCAAAAGACUGCCUCGUUGCCACUCCCCAGAAGGCGACAGCUGAGUUUGAAUACCGACGUGCAGAACGCGAAAGACAAAGAAGUCUUGGGGGAACCGGUGGAUUCUGGGUCGGAGAUUAAGCACACGAAAGAUCGAACAGCGCGCGUAAGCAUACUGAGCGAAGAUAUGUUUAAUUCGAGCACCGCGCCCGACAAUUGUUCCUUCGUAACAAUCACUGGUAACGUGUUUAGCAAUCGUCGGGAUUCCAAUUGUACGUUGAAUAGCAAUAGCUACAAAGAGCAGUACAUCCUAGGUAGUAACUACAACAAUAAUAUCAAUCGUCAUAGCCAGGAGCAUUACGAUUCUAUGCUACUGUCUUCGUCUAGUCGGGUCAAAGAAACGUAUGUACAAGAUGCGGAGAUUUCCGGUUGUGGAACGGGAGAAUACAUUAUAUCAAAGGCGGCUGCACAGAACGAAUCCAUUGCAGUGGUAUCCGAUCCGCAUCAUUAUGAAACGAAUUUAAAAUCCCUGGAGGAUAUCUUAUGACGACACGCGGCACUGGUCCUUUGGCCAGUGCUGAGACACGACCAACUUUUGCAACUGCAAGAAGAGCAAUCAAAACAGCAACAACAACAACCAACUGCAAUGUCGACCAUAUCAAAUAACGAGUCUCGUGCGAUGAAAUCAGCCGAGACACAAACCGAACUGCUCGAAUACAGCAUGAAUGACGCCGGCAGCGAGGAUGCCAUUAGUGUGAUUGAUGGCGAGCUUGAAGUCGUUCCAACGGUUGCAUCGGAAUCACCAUCACAUCGGAACCAUACCAGUAGCAGUAGUAGAAAGGAUGAGUACAUUGAUGAGAACGAAGAUGAUGACACCGUGGAGGAGGAUAUUCUUGGGGAGGAAACAAAGUUGAAAACCAUAAAGCGGUUAAACUGUAGCAAUCUGUUCAACUUCAACAAGCUGGAACUUUUGAACGAGCGAUGUUCGGUGACCGGACAGCAGCAAAUCAGCGACAGUAUCCGGAAUCUGUGCGAACACGAAAUGCACGUAGCGAUUGACGAUGAUCUGGGUGCUGUUGGGCGCCGAACGUUGGCACCAGGAGAGGGAAAACGGACUUUGGAAGAUUCUGCCAGCUCGAGCUCGGUCAUCUUCAUCCAGGAGAGUCCGGAAGUGAUAUUAUAGCAGUGGCAUUUUUCUCUUCAUUUUAGAAUCGUUAUUUAUUUUUAAGUAACAUAGAAAGAGGAAUAUUAUUGUUAGGAAUUAAUUUUAUUCUUCCUGUGCGAGAGUACGAGAACGUGAAUAAUGCAAUAGUGUGAAAAAUGAUCUAUUUUUGUACCAAAAAUUAGGUGACAAGGAUAAACAGUUUUACAUUUUCCCUAUAAGUAAAGCGACAAUUGCCAUUGAACUAGAAACAAGCGCUUCGAGAAAAAAACACACAUAAACACACCUAUAUAUAUACACUUCUAGGAAAAAAAAAUCACGGUGUUGGUUCCCUUAGAUUCUGGCAGGAUCUCACUCAAAGACAUAUAUCCACUUUUUUAUAACCAACAGAGAUUCCAAAGUCCAAACAAAACUAGCAAUUUAUAUAUCUGAGGCUAAUAACAUCACCACUCAUGAAAUAUUUUGGGGGCUCCGUAGCAACACAAACAAAUUAUUUGGUUAGUGAGGAAAAAUCUAAUAUAAUUCUUAUUUAUAGAGAGACUUAUUGCCUGAUAAAAGCCUUUAAAUACGCUUCCUACGUAAAGCGAAACGGAAGCAAACUGAAAUACUAUUUUCUUGAACACAAAAUUUAGUGCAUUCAACAAAACUAUUCUGUUCGGGUCUAGUCUUCAACUGAAACGACAAAUUUUAGUACGUUACGUGAAACAAAUUUGUGAAUUUAUUGAAUUAAAAAAUAAAUAAAAAUAAUCGCUGCGAGAACAUUUUAUUCUGUGAACCGGGAGGCUAUGAUCUGUGUGGACGAAAUGGAUGAAGUCAAUUAGGACGAAAUAGAGCUAAAUUUUUCGAUCGAAACCAUGAAUAAUGAAAUGAAGUCAACUGGGAAUGGAGAAGCAUCGACCAUUACGGAAUAAGGUAACUAUAAGAAGACGCAUUUAGAGUCAUCGUUUUGUGAUCGUUACAGUGAGUAAGGAUAUCGAUCCGAAAUCGAUAAAAAUGUGAACCAUAGUGCUUCUAAUUUAUAACGAUUGCUUCCUCAUUAACGCAUUUUGCUGAAAUUUCUAAUAUAAUUUUGAAACGGUGAACUUGCAAAAUUUCUUCUUCAACAUUCUACCAACAAUUUGUACUUUUGUCUCAAAUGGACCAUCUGAACCUGUUACUCAGUCGAAGCGGAAGCACUCAGUAAGCAGCCCGUUAAUUCUGAUAAAAGAUGAAUUGCACUCGCCCAGUAGUAUGGGCAAACCGCAUACAGUUUAUGCGGGAAGUAAUUAUAAGAAAAAAGUGAAAUCUGUAUCAUAGAGUAAUAAGCAAAUAAUGCAUAUUAAUAGGGUGCAUUUCAUAUGAUGCUCUCGCGAAAACGAACUAUAGGCCUAUAUACAAAACAGAGGUAAUAUACGAAGACAUAUAUAAAGUGCCAUUUUGUUUGAUCCACUGUGUCGAAUCAGUUGCACGCGAGGUUGGUUCCCCUCUGAAUGCGGGAUGAAAGGCCUUGUAAAGGUAUUUUCUGAUAUUUUUUUGUUUUCUCACGUGUUCUCACUAAAGAUCGACACACUUUUUUGCAUUGAUUUAGGAACACUACGAGAUAGGAUCAAUCACAAACUAUGUCGCAAACAAUCAGAACACUCUUCUUCGUUCAGAUUGGGUUUAGAUUGUUUUCUCUUUCCCCCUGAAUAUUAUGAGGGUCAUUUUUGGCUCCGUUAGAGUUGAAGUAUAUUUUAGGAAAGACACAAUAUAAUUAUUAAACUCUAAUUAAGCAUACAGAGCCCGGGACGGGCAAGCAAUUGAGAAUAAAACCAAAAAAGGCAAAUCAAGUAUGAGAGCGA